UUCGAGUCUCCGCCCUUGCGCAUAAAGAGCGGCUGAGCGAAGCUGCUUGUUCUCUUCGUUUUCCUUCGGAGUAGGUGAAGCCCGUAAUCUCACAAACCCCCAUUCAGAGUCAUGGCAGAGAAGGAGCGCACCUUUAUUGCUAUCAAGCCUGAUGGUGUGCAGAGAGGCAUUAUUGGGGAGGUCAUUCGAAGAUUUGAAAGGAAGGGUUUCAAACCAGUUGCCAUGAAAAUGCUCCAACCAUCGGAGGAUCUGCUGAUGCAGCACUAUGUUGAUUUGAAAGACCGUCCAUUCUUUCCACACCUUGUCAAUUACAUGAGCAGUGGUCCAGUGGUUGCCAUGGUGUGGGAAGGCAAAGGAGCUGUUAAGACUGGCAGGGUAAUGCUUGGUGAGACCAACCCAGCAGACUCCAAACCUGGAACAAUCAGAGGAGACCUCUGCAUUGAUGUCAGCAAAAACAUCAUCCAUGGAAGUGACUCAGUCGAGAGUGCUAUAAGGGAGAUUGCCCUGUGGUUCAAACCAGAAGAGCUGACCAGCUACACGAGCUGUGCAUCCAGCUGGCUCUACUGAGUACUGUACUGAAAUGUCUCUUGGUCUAUUUUACCAACAACAGAAGUACUAGUCAUUUCAGACCAACCGUUUUCCAUAUACAUUCAGACUACUUUUGGGGUUAAUUUGUCUUGAAAACAUUCAAUUUAUUUUGUGUGCUGGAUGACCUUGCCCAAUUAUUACUUUUAAAUAAAUGUCAAUGUUGCAGA